CCAGAAACAAAAAUGGCGCGAAAAGUGUAGAACGUGUUUAUGUUGUGUUGCUCGUCCCGCAAACGAUGGAAUCGGAAUUUGAAGGCUUUUCCAGUGGCAGUGAAAUAUUGACCAAACAUGCCGAUCGGUGGCGUAAGGUGAGCUUCGGUGUACCGGUUUUCGAUCGGCUUACGGGUGGCGGUAUCGGUGCCCGGGGAAUCUUCGAGCUGGCGGGUGAUCCGGGAUCGGGCAAAACACAGAUCGCACUAAAGCUAGCACUGACGGCCCAGCGCACCGUGCCGAACUCCUGCGUGGUGUACAUCUGCACCGAGCAUAGGUUUCCUUCGCGCAGGCUGCUACAGAUGGAGGCAGAAUACAAACGCCAGCAGAGUGGGGAUGAUGCCGUCCGGGACCAUAACUUUGUGGACCACAUACUGGUGGAGCACGUAUGGUGUGUGCCUACCCUGAUGGCCUGUUUGUUCGAUCGCCUGCCCAAGCUGCUGGAAAGCACAAAAAUCAGUGUGCUCAUCAUCGAUUCCAUCGCGAGCCCAUUCGUGGAGGAAAGGGACUACAUUUCGCGGGCGGAAACCUUCCGCUCGAUAGUGCACCGGUUGCACCAGCUGCAGGAGCGGCACAACUUUGCCAUCUGCGUAACGAACCAGGUCCGUUCGGUGAUCGACUCUUCAACGCUGGACGACCAGCGGAACGUACCGGCGCUGGGGCUCGCCUGGAGUACGCUGGUGCACACGCGCUUGCAGCUUUCCCGCACCACGCUAAGCUCGAACGAUCGACGCUGCACGGUUGUGUUUGGACCAUCGGCCCCAACGACGCAUGGCUUCUAUCAGAUCGACGAGUCGGGACCGGUGGAUACCGAAGCCCUUCGAGUAUCAAUGAACUGAGUAAGAAACAACACCCACACAUGUUUUGCAGCUUUUCUAUUGCACACCUCUCACUAGUGGUGUUCCAGCUUUAUUAUUGUUCAUAGGAGAUAGAUGUCGUGAUCGGGCCCAUCCGUGCCGAAUAUACCUAAUAUCAGUAGAGUAUGAGCGAUCGCGCGAGUUCACCUCUUUUUUUUUGCGGGAAUGGUGAGAUCUUUUCUGCCAUACACACACACAUACACCAAUUACAAUCAAUUUUCUUCGACCAAAUACGAUAAAAAGUAGAGAGUAUAUAGGUUUGAUUGUUAACAGUACAGUACAUAAACAGUGUUCGUUUAGUAAAUGCGCCUAAACCAGUUUCCUCCUAAACAGAUUCCUAAAUAGCGAUAACAUUCACCUUUGGCAAAUAUGUUUAGAGAGUUUUACAAUCCGUGUAAGCAUCAGAGCACAAUGGACAACUGUGUGUGUGUGCGUUUUGUGUUGCGGUUGGUUUUGCUAACGUUUGUUUCUUUUUUUUCUCUUAAUAAUUUAAACAUUUUUUCCUAAACUAA